GUGGGACUCUUUCAUUUUCAUACAAUGUUCCCCGCCUCCAACCCUCCUCUCUCUCUUCCUAAAUAAAGCGGCUCUUUGACGUGUGAUCUUCAUAUACCAUACAACGAUUGCAGCUUCUUUCAGAUGAUCUCCUUCCUUUCUAUUUGAGAGAGCUCACACCAUUCACUGCUUCUUUUUCUCUCUCACAAUCAACCUCUUCCUUGGAUUCAUGUUGUUAUCAAUGGCGCACCACGGUGCUGAUGAUGAUUUUCUUCAGCCCAGGAAAAGACCCAGAUUGCAAAACAAUCCCCUUACAGGAAAAUCCAACGGCCUAGAUCUCAUCAGCCACCUUCCCGACGAAUGCAUCGUGGAGAUCUUUUCCUUCCUCCCAUCCCACCAAGACCGUUGCUCUUGUGCCGCCGUCUCAAGAAAAUGGCUCAUCUUGCAAGCCAACAUGCGAAGCACAGAGUUCAAAUCCAACAACUCCAUUCAAAAGCCCGAGAAGAAUAAAACAUCGAGGUGUUUGGAAGGCAUGAAAGCCAGCGAUACAAGGCUAGCUGCAAUAGCUGUAGGAAUAUACCCUUCCCAAGGGCUAACCCACCUUUGCAUUAGGGCAACCUACCCUUCAUAUGGGAUAACUGAUUUUGGCCUUAAAAUCAUAGCCCAAGCAUUCCCAACCCUAAAAUCUCUUUCCCUCUGGGACUGUCUCAAGGUGGGCAGUGAGGGGCUUGCCUCAAUUGCCAAAGGUUGCAAAUGGCUAGAAAAGCUCGACAUAGUCAAUUCUCCGUCCAUCGAUGAUAAUGGCCUUGCAACGGUGACGAAAAACUGCCCGAACCUAUUAACCUUGAAUCUAGAUUCUUGCCCGUCAAUUACCAACCGUUCCCUUCAAGCUGUAGCUAGGCACUCUUCCAAUCUCGUAUUGAUUUCCCUGGUAAAAUGCCUGCUCAUCGGUGAUGAAGGGAUCGUUUCGAUUCUUUCAAGCUUGCCCAAGUUGGCGAAGCUUAAGCUCAUCUCUGUAAGAGCAGCAGACGCUGUUCUUGAAGCAAUAGGGCGGCAUGGGAAAUCUCUUAGAAGCUUGUGUCUAGAGAAUGUUUGGGGUGUUAGCGAAAUUGGGUUUUGCUCAAUAGGAAGAUUGGAGAACGUGGAGUUCCUUUCAUUGAGAUCUUGCUCAGGUUUGAAUGACAUGGGCUUUAAGGCGAUUGGAAAAGGGUUUGUCGGAUUGAAGUGGAUGGUAAUCCGCAACUGCCAGGCAUUGACUGAUACUGGUCUGAAAGAGGUGGCUGAAUCAGCUGCACUGCUCGAGUGUCUCAAGCUAGUGGCAUGUAACAAUGUUUCAUCACUUGGGCUAAUGGAAGUUUUCAUGAACUGCAACAAGAGACUGAGGGUGCUGUCAUUGGUGAAAUGUGGAGGAUUGAAAGAAGAAGAAGACGCACGUUCUAGAAGAGCAGUUCUCCCAAAAUGUCCUCUUCUAGAGUCUGUAACACUAGACAGUUGUGUUGGUGUUGGAGACUCUUUCCUGUCAUGGCUAGGAAGCGCAUGUGUGCAGGUUAAGCACCUUGAGCUUAUUGGGUUGAGCUUUAUCACUGAUAAAGGAAUCCUCAGCCUCUUAAAAUCACUUGGGACUCUAAAUAAGGCUUUGGUGAGUGUGGAUUUAAGUGGGUGUUUGGGUGUUACAGAUAGGAGUGUUUUGGCCAUCACAAGUGCAUUUGGAGAGAGGCUAAGUUCAUUGAGAUUGGAUGGUUGUGAUGGAUUGAGUGACAGGAGUUUGGAAAUGAUUGCUGAGUUUUGCCUUUGUUUGAGGGAAUUGGACCUUUCUAGCUGUGGCAUCAGUGAUGAUGGGGUAUUUUGCCUUGCAAAAUCAAAAUAUCAGUGCAUCGAAGUGCUCUCUCUAGCUGGUUGUACUGGGAUUACGGACAACAGCUUGGGUUUUCUUGAGAUGAUGUGUGGGAGUUUGGUGGACCUGAAUCUAAAGCAAUGUCCUCAGCUUAGCAAGAGGGCCAUUGAUUCGGUCAAGGAGACUCUUUGGUGGUGUGAUGUGUUGUAUUAGAAGUUAGAACAUCUAAAUUAUGUAAAUGUCUCUUUUUUCUUCUUCUUUCCUGAGGGAUUUUGCACAUUCUCAUUUCCUUCAAUUGGGUGUAUGCAAAUCAAUCAGGUUCGUGUUGCUCCUUUUUCUUUUUCUUUUUUGGAUGAGCUAUGUAAGCACAUUGGCGUCUGUAUUGAUGGCCUAAGCUGGUGUGUCAGUAUGUUUUUGGUACCUUAGUGUUGCAUAUCUCGCUGGGAAGUUUAACUUCUAUGUUGAGAGUUUUGUUGUAAACAAUUCGGUCAUUUUUUCCUUGGGGGAAUGUAAAUUUCAAAUUAUAGUUUGAAUGAUUGUCUGGAUA